CAAUGCUGUUUAUCCUGUUGGUUGUUCUUCUCUUCAGCUUCGAUCUGAGUUUCAGUCUGAGGCAAAUCAGGGGAGAUCAUCAGUCGGAUACGCAAGUCAGCAAGAUCAUGAGGACAAUGGAUGUUAUACCAGACGUGAUCGAGAUCGGUCCGCAGGAGUUCCUUAAUGUCACAUACCACGGCAAUGUAAUAGCACAUAGUGGAAAGCCACUGGAGCCGAUGGAAGUGCGCGACGAACCCGCCUUGAAAUGGCCCUCGGAACCGGAAAACUACUAUACACUGCUGAUGGUGGAUCCGGAUGUGCCCAACGUAGUGACGCCCACGCACCGGGAGUUCCUGCACUGGAUGGUGCUGAACAUCCCCGGCAAUCAUCUGCCCCUCGGCGACGUGCGAGUGGGGUAUAUGGGAGCCGCUCCGCUGGCGGGGACCGGAACCCACCGGUUUAUCUUCCUGCUCUACAGGCAGCGGGACUACACCAAGUUCUCCUUCCCAAAGCUGCCCAAGCACUCCGUUAGGGGACGCAAUGGGUUCACGGUCAAAGACUUUGCGAAGAAAUAUAGACUGGGGUAUCCCGUGGCUGGGAACUUUUUCACCGCCAGCUGGAAUACCGAUGUGCCAGCGCUCACGAAAAUCGUAUCACCCGGCUCCCACAAGGCUUACUAUUAUUAACAUGAGUGAAUGGUUUACAUACUAAUAAAAAUCAACCUAUGUGAGAUUA